AUGGUCGAAAACAAGAUCCAACGUGUAGCUGUUAUAGGCGCAGGUAUUUCGGGAGUCGUCAGUGCUGCUCAUUUACUGGCAGCUGGGAAAGAAGUAACUGUCUUUGAAAGAAGUCAAGCAGCUGGGGGAGUAUGGCUCUAUGACAAGCGCGUCCCUAUCGAAGCCCAUUAUCCGUCAAUUAAGCCAUCAAAUAAUCUGCGAUAUGUCCAAGACGAACGUGAAGGAAAAGAAAGACAGGUCCUACUACACGCACCGCCCGGUCCAUGUUAUGAGAGCUUGACAAAUAAUGUGUCAACACCACUGCUACGGACAAAACUAAAUCAUUGGCCAGAGGGAACUCCAAACUAUGUUAAUCAUAGUGUGCUCAAGGAUUACAUACAAGAUACAUCUCAAAAGGCCGGUGUAGAUGAUGCGACAAUUUAUGGCGCUUUAGUCACCGAUAUCCACAAAGAAGGACAAGAAUGGCAUGUUUCUUGGAAGUUAUUGAACAAUGAACACCAGACCAACGAGUUGGUGGAGGCUACACAGUCAAAGCUCUUUGAUGCCGUUAUAAUCGCAUCAGGCCAUUAUCAUACUCCUCUAGUUCCUGAUAUCCCGGGUCUAGCUGAAGCAAAAGAAAAGUGGCCUUCAAAGAUUACACAUUCGAAGUCAUUCCGGAAUGCGGAGGGCUUUGAAGAGAAGAAUGUCCUUUUGAUCGGAGGCGGAGUCUCCUCAAUGGAUAUUGCCCGAGAGAUUAGUCCCGUCUGUCGUAUAAUUCACCAGAGUACCCGAAACGGUUCUUUCGAUAUUCCUGCUGCAGCAUUGCCGGAGAAUGCCUCAAGGAUUGGAGAGGUCGCAGAGUUCAAGAUCAAUACUUCAACAGCGGGCAAUCAUUUGCCUCUUACUGCAAUCCUGAAGUCUGGCGAGAUCAUCCACAACAUUGAUAGGAUUGUUCUUUGUACAGGAUAUCAGAUGGCCCUACCAUUCUUCCCCCAGUAUAACGACAACUCGGCUUCUGUCACCGAGGCAGAUGAUUCAGUACUUAUCACGGAUGGUACCCAGGUCCACAAUUUGCAUCAAGACAUAUUCUACAUUCCUGAUCCGACAUUGGCAUUUGUGGGGAUUCCCUUCUAUACAGCCACGUUCACUUUGUUUGAGUUCCAAGCCAUUGCUGUCGCAGAAUUCUUCUCUGGGAAUAUCAAGUUACCCUCAAAAGAUGAAUUGCGAUCGGAAUACGAGGCAAAGAUCCUCGCAAGAGGAUAUAGAAGGAGUUUCCAUUCCUUGAGGGGCGAAGAAGAGAGCUAUGUGAAAAUAUUACUUGGCUGGGUGAAUAACGACAGGAGCCAACAAGGCUUGCCUCCAAUUGAGGGGCAUACAAGUUUGUGGGUUGAAGCAAAGAAAGAGCAGAUGGAGAGACUGACUAAACUAUUUGACGGCUCAUUGAGAUUAUACAAUCCUGAGAGCAGUGCUAGAGAAAGCAGUGCUGGAGUGGUGGAAGCCACCGCUUGA